AUGUCGAACCAAGCAGAUUUGAAUGUCCUCUCGACAAAGCCAACAUCAUACUACGAUUAUGAGUCGAUGUCAAUAGAGUGGAAUGACCAGAAAAACUAUGAGAUAUUGCGCAAAAUCGGACGAGGCAAGUACUCCGAAGUAUUCUUGGGCUUGGAUUUGGUCAAGGGCCAGAAAGUUGUCAUCAAGGUACUUAAACCAGUAAAGCGCAAGAAGAUCAAACGAGAAAUUUCGAUAUUGAAGAACUUGGUCAACGGGCCCAAUAUAAUCACUUUACUCGAUAUUGUCCGAGAGCCACAGCUGAAAACACCCGGUUUAAUCUUUGAAAAUGUCAACAAUAUAGACUUUAGAACUUUAUACCCAACAUUUACGGACUUUGACAUUAGAUUCUACAUGUACGAGCUUUUAAAGGCCUUGAGCUACUCACACUCGAUGGGGAUCAUGCAUAGAGACGUUAAGCCACACAAUGUGAUGAUUGACCACGACAAAAAGAUCUUGAGGCUUAUUGAUUGGGGAUUGGCAGAGUACUAUCACCCAGGAACAGAAUACAACGUGAGGGUGGCAUCAAGAUAUUUUAAAGGACCCGAACUAUUAGUCGAUUAUAGACUCUAUGACUAUUCCCUAGAUCUUUGGUCAUUUGGCUGUAUGCUAGCCUCAAUGGUGUUUAUGAAGGAACCUUUUUUCCACGGAAAGUCAAAUACUGACCAACUUGUACAAAUUGUUAGAGUUUUGGGCUCUAGUAACCUCAACAAGUACCUUGAGAAAUAUAAUCUUACUUUGGGAGACGAAUACGAGGAUAUGGGGUACUACACGCGAAGACCAUGGGAACGUUUUAUCAAUGAAAAUAACCAGCAUUUGGUCUCGAAUGAGUUUUUGGACUUUAUUGAUCAUUUAUUGAGAUACGACCAUCAAGAGAGAUUAACUGCAAAGGAGGCAAUGGAGCACCCAUACUUUGAUCCAGUAAGGACUUACACUCCAACCUCAUCUUAG